AUGUCAACUACAAACCUCCAGCAACGAGAGGACAGGAGACUAGGCCUAUCACAAAUGACAAGCUUACUAUCCGCCGCUCAAAGGCAAGUCGACACCAUGGCAAAUGGAAGAUCUGUACAAAGAAAGAAGACCAAAGAAGAAAUGAACAACCUAAACCUCGAUUUUUUACCGCAUGAGGGUCGAAUUGCGUUUUGCAGGGAUUUUAUGCGUGUUUGCUUUGAGCAUCUUGCUUCUCGCAUUAUCCUUGCAUUAGAAAAUGUUUCAUCUGGCGCCACCAAUAGCGUUGGCAUGGAAAAGUUGGGGCCAAAGUCUCCCGUUAAAACUGUUGUUGUUAGCGGUGGUGUUGCCGCGAACCAGUAUCUGCGACAUAUCCUGCGCUCAUUUCUGGACGUACGAGGGUUCUCCGACGUCGAUAUUGUCGCACCCCCGUUAUACCUUUGCACUGACAAUGCGGCCAUGAUCGGCUGGGCUGGUAUCGAGAUGUUUGAGGCAGGCUGGAGGACCUCCAGGAAGUCACAGGCUAUUCGAAAGUGGAGUCUUGACUCCGCGGCUGAGGAUGGUGGUAUACUUGGUCCCCAUGGCUGGGAACAGAUAACAGAAUAA